AUGUCUGAUGAAGAUAACAAUUAUGACGACUUCAUGCUAUCGGAUGAUGAAGGCAUGGAGUCCAUUGAAAUGGAAGAAGAAACCGAUGAUGAAGCCGAACAAAUUGUUCAAUUGAAUGAAGACAAGAGUCGGGAUGAUCAAGAUCGAGGGGGGAGACAACAUAAGCAACAUGUGCGAGGGACAUUCGAGAAAGAUGACAAAGUAGAGGAUAUUUGUGAAAAACUUUUUGAGCAAGGAAAAACCCUCAAAGAGGACGAACGAUAUAAAGAAGCUCGCGAUUCAUUUUUGAAGGUAUAUUACACGGAAGAGUUUUCAUCUGAUGGAGGUAUAGAAAGGCUCAUGGCGUGGAAAUUCAAGUCGCUUAAUGAAAUAUUACGUUUAAGAGCCCUACAGCUCUAUUUUCAGAAAAGCGGUGCCCAGGAUUUAGCCCUACAAGUUUUAGAAGACACAGCAACUAUGUCGGUCUUUUUACAAAGGAUAAACUUUCAAAUCGAUGGAAGUAUAUUUGAACUACUUUCAGAUACUUUUGAAGUACUGGCACCCAAGUGGGAAAGAGUGUUUUUGUUCGACAUUGAGAAGGUUGAUAAGGAGAAUAUGAUCUGCAAAAUGGAGUUUCAGAAAAAUUUCAUGGAUCAAUUUCAAUGGAUAUUAAAAAAAUCUGGCAAGGAUUAUAAACUGCAAAAUCUUCAGCGUAAAAUCAAAAAGAAGAUGUUUAUUGCCGUUGUUUGGCAUCGAAGGUUGACCACGGGGGAUGUAUUCAUCCCAGAAAUUUCUUCCCAAAUACAGAAUAUCGUGCAAGAUAAUGAAUACGCUUCUUUUGAGGAGAAUAAUGAUUUAGAAAGUGUAUCUAUGCUGCUGCAAUAUUCCAUAUUGGAGUUCAUGAAAACUGCUCGAAUAAACAAUAGAAGGUUGUUUAAGAAGUGCAUUGACUUCUUUGAAAUGAUGAUAUCUAAGUCGCUUACUUUUUCACAAGAAUCUGGUCUGAUGGUAGUAUUGAAUACCUCUAAGGCGGUACGGAUUUUAGAUUCUGAUUCAGAGAAUGAUUUAUCCUUUGCAUUGAUGAAAUAUUAUGAUCGAAAAGAAGAACUGAAAAAUAUGUUUCUCUACAUCUUGAAACACCUGGAAGAGAUGGGGAAACUCCGGGAGAGAGAUAUUACUUCUUUUUUUCACAAGUUCGUGCUUAGCGGUUUCAUUUUUACAAGCAUGAUUCUAGAAGCAAUCAGUUCAGAUAAGAUUAAUCCCUUUGGCUUUGAACAAGUGAAGAUUGCCUUAGGUAGCCCUAUUGUUAAAGUAUUAGAAGCUGUCUACAAAUGCUUUGAACGCUUAGAAUUAAGACAGCUGAAUGCAAAUAUAUCUCUUAUUCCUGAAUUAUCCAUGGUAUUAAAUGGUAUUAUUCAAGAUAUCUACUAUCUGGCCCAAACAUUAAAGUUAUGGAGGAGAAUUGCACGACUAUACUCUUGCAUCUCCAUAAAUGACAUUAUAAGUAUGCUGCAAAUAAGUGAUGAUAAUCAAAUGACGAGAGAUGAUUUGCUUACAAUCUUAAUGAGGUCAAUAAUGAAAGAUAGAUCGGUUGUGUACUUUAAGUUAGAUUUAACAAAUGAUUUGGUCUAUUUCGGAGACGAGAAUAAAGUCAUGCUACCGAGAUGUUCCAAAGAAGAAUUUCGUCUAACGAUCUCCCCCAAAAAUGAGGAAUCUGCGGAAAAGGCCAGGCUGAUAGAUUUUGAGUACGUCAAUGACGUCGCGAUUUAUAAUAACCCAACAAGGAUAAGAACCAAAUCCUCCAAAGAUUUUUUUAAUACAUUAAGAAAAUCUAGGGAGACAGUAAAAUUGCCUAGAGUAAACAAUCAGUCGAAUGAAGAUACAUUUCUACCAUCGUAUAUGAAGUUUUCCAACAAGUACCUGGAGCUGACAAAACUGGCGUCUAAUAAUUUGAUAUAG